CGAAGCCUAUCCUGUCACCCCAAUUCCCCCAGAUCCAACAAAGUACCACAGCCCACGCUGUGGCUUAGUUGCGGAUGCGACAGCCGUCCUUCGAAGAUCCUCCUCAAAAUCACCAGCACUGCUGUGGUCGGCACUGGCCUUGGUGUUCUCAUCUUCUGGCUCAUCUUCCGCCCCCACUGGAUCGACGUCCAUGUGACAGGCGUCUCACUCACUGAAUUCAACUUCAUUAAAAACAACACUUUGAAUUACAACCUUGUUGUUAACAUGACAGUGCAUAACCCCGACGGUAGAGUUGGCAUAUACUAUGAUCUUAUCAACGCUAGUGCUUACUACGAGGACCAACAAUUCGAUACGCGAACUUUGACCAGGUUUUAUCAAGGACACAAGAACACUAGUUCCUUGAACCUUGUUUUCCGUGGGCAGCAUGUUAGCCUCGGUGCUGAGGAGCCUUCCAAGUUUAAUAAAGAGCCGACUAAUGGGUUAUACAGUAUUGAUGUGAAGCUGUACUUGAGGAUUAGGCUCAAGCUUGGCAGGACCAAGACUAGUACGUUGAAGCCCAAAAUUUCUUGUGACUUGAAGGUUCCUUUGAGCUCUGGCGAUGGUAGCUUCGCUGGUGCUUUUGAAAUUACUGAGUGCGAUUGGGAUAUCUGAUCAGCAGGACGGCUCCGAUUCAUGUUUUAAUCGAGUAUUUGAUUCCUUUGAUUUUGUUUUUUGGCUUUAUUCCCAAUAGAUAUUUAUACAUUGGACUUGGUUUUGAGAUAUAUAUUGCGCUAGUGAUUUUAGUGGUCUAAAGGAGGUUUUUAUCCCCUUGGGUCAUUUCCCUAUUCCAUGGAAAUUACAAUAAAUUACUUUU